AUGGCGACAGUAAUCCAGGCACAGCCUCUUCCCCCGGGUGGCGGGUUACACCCGUUACAAGCCAAAGCACUCAUGGCAGCCCAGCAGCAGCAGCAACAACAGCAGCAGCAGCAGCAGCAACAAGGGCAGCCCCCACAAAAAGACGCCAAUGAGGAGCCCUUUGAUCCAUCGAGGAAGCUCACUGCCCAUGACUUUGUGCGCGUGCGCACCCUGGGGACGGGCACUUUUGCCCGGGUGUGUCUUGUACGCCCGUCCCACGGCAGCGAGGCCGACCGCAGCAAGGUCUACGCCCUCAAGAUCCUGCGCAAGACCGAUGUGAUCCGUCUCAAGCAGAUCGACCACGUGCGUUCCGAGCGCCAGAUUCUGGCUGAUGUGCGCGGCCAUCCCUUUGUAGCCGACCUCGUCGCCUCCUUUUCCGACGCGACGACCCUCUACCUGCUUCUGACCUAUGUCCCUGGCGGCGAGCUGUUCACGUAUCUGCGCCGCUUCCGCCGUUUUGAUGAGGACACGGCCCGGUUUUAUGCCGCUGAGAUUGUUCUCGUCCUGGAGUUCUUGCACGAACAGUGCGGUGGCGUUGCCUUCCGGGAUCUGAAGCCGGAGAACUUGCUGCUGGACGAGCAGGGGCAUAUCAAGUUGGUUGAUUUCGGGUUUGCCAAGAGGUUAACGAAUGAGAGCAGUGGCGCCAACAACGGCGAGUUGACUGAGACCUAUACGUUAUGUGGCACGCCGGAGUACCUAGCGCCCGAGGUGAUUCAGAAUAAGGGCCAUACGACGGCUGUUGACUGGUGGGCAUUGGGCAUCCUGAUCUUUGAGUUUUUGACCGGAUAUCCUCCGUUCUGGCAUCAAAAUCCUCUAGAGAUUUACAAACAAAUCAUCGAAAAACCUAUCACAACAGUCCUCCCUCAAUCCCCUCCCCUCUCUGUCUCUGCGCAGGACAUCAUCACCCAGCUCUGCAACGUCGACCGCUCCCGGCGUCUCGGCAACGUUAGCGGCGGCGCCGCCCGCGUCAAAGCUCACCCCUUCUUUGCAGACCACAACGUCGACUGGGACGCCCUGUACCACCGCCGCGUGAGGGCCCCCAUCAUCCCUCCCGUGCGGUAUCCCGGGGAUGCAAGGUGUUAUGACAUCUAUCCCGAGGAAGACGCCAUCAAGGAGGAGUAUACCGAGGAGAUGCGGGAGAAGUAUGACGAGUUUUUCAAGGACUUUUGA